GCUGCCGGCGGUCACCUGGGUCUGUCGCGCAGCAGGGUCGCGGCAGGUCUGGCACGCUAGCCGUCGGAGUCGGAGCGGGGCUCGAACGUGAGGUGCCUCGGAGGGGUAGGCAAGCAGCGAGGCGGUCCCCCUCCACGGGUCUGGCGGAGGAUGCGGGAGAGCACGUGGGUGUCGCUGCUGUUGCUGCUGCUGCUGCCCGCGCCGCAGCGGGGCGGCCCCCAGGACGGUCGCCGGUCCCCGGAGCCGGAGCCGGAGCCCGAGCGCGGCCCUCUGCAACCCUUCGACCUGCUGUACGCUAGCGGCGUGGCUGCCUACUACAGCGGCGACUACGAGCGUGCGGUGCGGGACCUAGAAGCCGCGCUGCGCAGCCACCGACGCCUGCGGGACAUCCGCACGCGCUGCGCCCGCCACUGCGCGGCGCGCCGCCCGCUCGCGCCCCCAGGCGCCGGCCCCGGCCCGGGAGCCGAGCUGCCCUUCUUCCGCGCGGUGCUCGAGCGGGCGCGCUGCUACCGCAGCUGCCAGAGCCAGCGCCUGGGCGGCCCCGCGUCCCGCCACCGCGUCAGCGAGGACGUGCGUAGCGACUUCCAGCGCAGAGUGCCCUACAACUACCUACAGAGGGCCUACAUCAAGCUCAACCAGCUAGAAAAGGCCAUGGAAGCAGCUCACACAUUCUUCAUGGCCAACCCUGAGCACAUGGAAAUGCAGCAGAACAUAGAGGACUAUAAAAUGACAGCAGGAGUGGAAGCCCACCUAGUAGACAGAGAAGCCAAGCCACACCUGGAAAGCUAUAAUGCUGGAGUUAAACAUUAUGAGGCUGACGACUAUAAAGCAGCGAUCAAGUACUUUGAACAAGCUUUAAGAGAAUAUUUCAAUGAAGAUAUGGAGUGCCGUGCUCUGUGUGAGGGGCCCCAGAGAUUUGAGGAGUAUGAGUACUUAGGGUAUAAAGGUGGUCUUUAUGAGGCAAUCGCAGAUCAUUACAUGCAGGUUCUUGUCUGUCAGCAUGAGUGUGUGAGGGAACUUGCCACCCGCCCAGGCCGCCUCUCACCAAUCGAGAACUUUCUUCCCUUGCAUUACGACUACCUCCAGUUUGCCUACUACAGAGUUGGUGAAUAUGUGAAAGCCUUGGAGUGUGCCAAAGCCUAUCUGAUGUUCCAUCCAGAUGACGAGGAUGCCCUGGACAAUGUAGACUUCUAUGAGAGUCUGCUGGAUGACAGCACUGAGCCAGCAUCCAUUGAGGCCCGAGAGGAUCUAACAGCAUUUGUCAAACGUCAUAAACUUGAAGCUGAACUGAUCAAGUCAGCUGCAGAGGGCCUGGGGUUUUCAUAUUCUGAACCGAACUACUGGGUCAGCUAUGGAGGACGGCAGGAUGAGAACCGAGUCCCUUCAGGAGUGAAUAUGGAUGGGGCAGAAGUUCAUGGACUGUCAAUGAGAAAGAAGUCACCACCCAAGAUAGGUCGAGACCUAAGAGAAGGUGGCCCUCUCCUCUAUGAGAACAUCACCUUCGUCUACAACUCCGAACAGCUAAAUGGGACUCAACGGGUUCUUCUUGAUAACGUCUUGUCCGAAGAACAGUGCCGGGAGCUACACAGUGUGGCCAGUGGUAUCAUGCUGGUUGGUGAUGGAUACCGAGGGAAAACGUCACCCCACACACCCAAUGAGAAGUUUGAAGGAGCCACUGUUUUGAAAGCCCUCAAAUUUGGUUAUGAAGGCCGGGUGCCACUGAAGAGUGCAAGGCUGUUCUAUGACAUCAGUGAGAAGGCUCGGAAGAUUGUGGAGUCCUAUUUCAUGCUGAACUCAACCCUAUAUUUUUCCUAUACACACAUGGUCUGCAGAACAGCACUGUCUGGGCAGCAGGAUCGAAGAAAUGACCUCAGUCACCCCAUUCACGCAGACAACUGCCUGCUGGAUCCAGAAGCCAAUGAAUGCUGGAAGGAGCCUCCCGCUUACACCUUUCGGGACUAUAGUGCUCUCCUGUAUAUGAAUGACGACUUUGAAGGAGGGGAAUUCAUCUUCACGGAAAUGGAUGCUAAAACUGUGACUGCCUCUAUAAAACCAAAGUGUGGCCGAAUGAUCAGCUUCUCAUCUGGCGGCGAGAACCCUCAUGGGGUGAAGGCAGUCACCAGAGGCCAGCGCUGUGCCGUGGCUCUGUGGUUUACCCUAGACCCUCUUUACCGAGAAUUGGAGCGGAUACAGGCGGAUGAAGUGAUUGCCAUCUUGGAUCAAGAACAGCACGGGAAGUAUGGACUGAAUAUUAACCCCAAAGAUGAGCUAUAGAAAAGAGAGUGUUCUAUUGAAUAUUUAUUUAAAUAGAUAAUCUUAUGAGAACCUUUUUAUUUUUGUACAGAGCCGUGGUAUAAAUUAACAGGAUAGUAAGAGUCGUGAGAUUUCCCCUCUGUUCCUAACUCUGCUCGCUUUGCUUUCUCCCGGUCUUAAUUGUUUUCCUACAGUUCAUCUUUCAGAGCCCAGUCACACCCCUAAGCACACACCACACUGAAUCACAACCUACACACUCCGCAUGCGACACAGGUAAACAUACAACACAAAUACACUACAGAAACACACACAUGCAACUUACACAUGACACAAACUCCCAAAUAUGCCACACAUACAUAAGCAUACCCAAACACAUACCAUACCACCCAGUUACACAAACACUACAUCACACACCACACACACACACACACACACACACACACACACACACACACACACAGAGAGAGAGUUAAUUUGCUGCAUAUUCAGAAGCUCAACAUGAUAGGCUGGUACUCAGCCCCCCAAAGCUAGAGUGAAUGUGAAUUGGUCUCAGGCCUCUGGUUUGCUGCCUUUCCCCCAUCACCUUUCAUGGCACUGAUGGCUGAGAGUUCAAACCCUUCGUAGCAAGCUUGCCUUGUGUCUGAAGAGCCCCCAGGACACCGUCUAUCUGACCUCAAGAAUCACAGAGAGCAGCAUCCUUCUGACUUGAGGAAGCCACUGCCCGAAUAAGGACUGUGGCACAGGACCCCCUUGGGUAGAACCUUCGGACUGGUAUUUUCAACAGAAGUUCUGAUUCUCCUCCACCGUGCUCUGUAAGGGACACCUCCAAGUUGUCCUUAAACAGGCAUACAGAGGUUCCAGCAGCAUAGGUUCACCCCAGUGGUAAUGGAAGAACGAAUGUCCUUAAUGCCCCUGCUCCAGGCACUACUGCUAGGCUGCUGGAGAGGGGCUGCUGCUGGUAUAAAUUCAGAACUGUUUCUCACAGGUUGCUCCUCAGCUGUCUCUGUUGGACGGCCUCUUCCCUGUGCUGCUGUCAGCUCACAGAGGCAUGCUGUGUGUGAGGUGUUCAAUAAAGGGAUCCUUGUUCCAGCAUUUGUCUUCUGAUGCACGCCUAUUUUAUCUGCCAAUGAUGCUUUGGUAACUAUCUGGGACAACCCAGGAAGAAUGGACCAUGACAACUCUGCCAGCAGACAGUGGCCUGCAGGAAAGUGGGUAGCUUGCUUUGGAGGGAACAGGACUGGCUAGCAAGCUGGAGUGUUCAUUCAUAGAACUCAAAGACUUAGGGGUUCACUGCAAAAGCUCUGCUCUGUCUUCCUGUAGGCCUCCAGGAGACCACACCCACUCUUGCAACGUGCUCCAGUAAAGGUGAGGUCCAAUUUCUGCCACUUGGGAUCCAGUUAGUGCUCAGAACAUUUGUUCCCUGGAACUGAGAAUUUCAACUACAGUGCUGUGUGCUAUUGGCCUGCGCCUGCCAAGCCAGAAUUCUGGAUGCAUUUCUACCGUGGAAAAAUGGGAAAAGCUCUAGAUUCCCAGGUGACCUAGAGCAGCAACUCACUCCCUUCCUUUUUCUGGCCUCCUGUUCCUUUUUCUGAAAAUGGUAUAAUUCAUUACAAUUGUUUCCAAAACCCUAUGCCUUGCUCAAGAUACAAACUGAACACAAGCCAAUAGCAAGACUAAUUUUAGAAAUAUUGAAAAAUACAAGCAAGUUUCUUCCUGCUAACAUCUGAGAGCGGCAAGUGACGUCCCUACAGGUGUCUAUGACUAUGAAACUUUUGCCCCGACUUUAGGGGUGACAGUUCGUGAUGUGUGAAGAAGUUGACUUGUUUGCUCUCCCCUGCAAAGCACUUGCUGGCACUCAGACUCCACGAUAGACAGAUCUGGGCAAGGAUCUAAUUUCUGUUUUCAGGUUACAAGACAUCAACAAAGAAAUCAGUCCUAGGCUCUGCACAGUUCUUGUUGUUUCCUGGGUGCGCUCAUGCCCUGGGAGAGGCAGCAGCUCCAGCACAGAAUGUGCCAUCCAGCCCAUGGAAAGUGGGUAAGCGCCUCAGUAGAUGCCGCCACUGUUGUGUGCGAUCCCAUCGUGUGUCACGCUGACAGCAGGGAGUGGUUGUUCCCGUUCUGCUGGUUGGCCGUGUUGCUUUACACCUGGAACAUCGAAGAUAUACUAAAGCAUUUUUUUUUUUAAUCUGCUCCACAUCAAACCAUGCAUAAUUUCAUUCAAAUAUUUAGGGAGUGUCAUCAGAUGACUUAGGAAAGCCAAACUCAGAAAUUAGAGUCUCUAUGUUAAAUAGUCCUGUUUGCAAAUAAGUGGAAAAUCCCAUUCGAAUUUUUUUUGUCAUGAGGGUUGAAGAAAGCCAAAGAAAUUACAAUCUAGUUCCCUCUUUCACUUUGGGCAACAACUGAGGCUCAGACAUGAUCCUGGGAUGAGUGAGUUAGGACAGGAGCAGAACUAAAGUCAGAGCUGUUGGAAUAGGGGAUACCAGAAUGCCUUGCCUGUGGGGCUGAAGUCUAGAUGCAGGGCUCCCUCUAGAGGAUGAGUACUUAGAGGACCUUUACCUCUUUGGCCAAAGGUGGAACUUGCCCCCUCAUCCAUGCUGCCGCAGGUCUGGAGCCUUCCACCUUUCUCCUUGUUUAUAUAAAAGGCCUCUGCUCAAAGCCCUAUACCUUAAAUGUGUGUUUUCACCAUUGUCACCAUCGUCAUGCCGCAUUGAACAGAUCUAACACUAAACCUGCUCAUGACUGAGGAAUCCAUGUGUGUUCUAAGCAUGAGAUACAAUGCCCAUUUAACAGGGAAAGACAGGGCGAGCCAUGAACACUGUGUAGUGGCUGCCGGUAGAUACGAGCAUGGAGCCAGAGGAAGAAGCAAGAUGGUGCCAGAGAGAAGCGAAACAGUAUGAGAACUGUUCCCCCCUCCACCACCUGGACAGGCCUAACUAAUUUGCUAACAGAGAAGGUUUGAUUUUAUAGAAGCACAUAAACUCCUUCUCUUUUCCUACAAACAGCUGUGGGACAACAUGCAUCUCCUUCUGUUCCAUGAGAUAUGUUGGAGUCCCUAAUUCAACUUGAUUCUAGUUCAUUCAUGAGACACACCCAGUGUCCAGCAGCACUCAUGACAGGCAUAGAGAUCAUGGGUGGAUCAUGGGUGGGUGUCUUUUUUCUGCCCCUCAAAGGCAGAGAUCGUCUUCGUCUUCAAUUUCAAAAGGACUGACCUAGGACAGUGUGACCUGGGAUGUGAAGUGCUUGCUGCACAGCCUGCCUUUCAACUGACAAGGACCUCUCCGUUUCCCUGGCUUUUCAUCAUUAGCACAUAAGUAACAUUUCCUUGGCACAUACUCAGCUGAAGAGGAGCCAUGGAAUGAGUCAGUUCCAUUUAAUAAUAUAUACCUAUGAAUUUUAAUUGAAGUACAAAUGCUGAAUUAUUUCACAUAAGACAGCCACAGGGAACAACUCCCUCACUGACGUCAAGAAAGGAGUAAUGGGGCCACCUCAGCAGCUCCUCAUGCCAAAGCAUUAAGCCUUCUGAGGAAGCUGACAUUGCUUUAGCUGAAAAGUGGGGAAAGGUAGACUGAUCCCAUACCCUGAGCUCUAGGGGGCAAAGAGGAGCCAUUUGGCAAAAAUUCCAAACUACAAAAAUUCUCUAUUUCUCUUCCACCUAUCGCCAAGAAGCAUGUGGAAUGACGUGACCUCCCCACAAGGUCCCAGCAGCCCACCCACAAAUCUUCUGCUCCCUGACAACUUGAUGUUUUCAAUCAGAGAUGCAGGGCCUGGUUUGUUUUUUACCUGGUUGAUAGCUUCAGACGCAUCGAGACAAGUCACAUCAACCACCUUUGAGCUCACUGCUGGGCUGGAACAGUGGUUCUGUCAAACUGUCAAAGUCUAUGUUGCCUCCUCCUCCUCCUUCUUCUCCUCCUCCUCCUCCUCCUCCUCCUCCUCCUCCUCCUCCUCCUUUCCCUCCUCCUCCUCCCUACGGAACACAAUGCUUGCUGUGCCCACUACUGCCCUGACCUCUGAAAGCCAACAAUGACAAGGAUGGAACAAUCUGAUCAUUGAUCCUGCUCUGCUGUACAAUGGAUGGCAGAGGCCAUGUGAAAUGCUUGAUCCUGGUCUGCUGUACAAUGGAUGGCAGAGGCCAUAUGAAGUGCUUGAAUUAGUGAAUCAUCUCUGUCUUCAGAAAUCUUAUUAAGAAGCCAUAGCACAAUAACUGAAGAAUAUAGUCCUACUCUCCACUUUCCUGAAAUGAGGGGGGAUGUGAUUAGCUGCUUAUUCACUGUAAAACAUAGCCUUUUCUGGCCACAGUAUUUGUACAUCUGAAGGAAGCAGAAACCAGGAGAAAAAGAUGUUCUGCUUCUCUUUCCUCCAUAGGACAAUAAGAGAGUAUCCACAAGAAAGGUUGGGAACUAUUUCUGCUAACUGCCCCAGUCAUUUGCUCACCCUCCUCUGUCCUUGAUAAAUAAGAAUGAGACUUUUUCAUCAGAGCCUCCACUUCAACCUCAAACUGGAUAUUAGUCUUAUUUAUAUAUGGAAAUCCUUGCCUAGGCUCUUCUACACAAACUCUAAUGCCUUUUCCCAUGAAGACAGGCCCCUGACAUAGUCCCAGGAGUCCUAUAGACCUUAGUUAAAGAGUUCUCCCUUCCAGAUUCAUGUUUUCACCCUUGAGUUACAUCUGGUGGUGGGUGGAGUAGAAACAGGGACUGGCCGUGUCUCAUCUUUUUCCACUCACUAACCAUAUGCCCCAUUGUUUCAAAGACUUAUAAUCACAGUUGGCAUUUAUAAUGCAUUUUAUGGUCUUGAAGCACUUGGCAUUCAUAUAUAAGUACAUAAUUAUGAGAGACGUUUAAUACGAUCUGUAUUUUGUAGAUAGGGGGAAAGAGGCAGUCUUGAGGAAGACAGUUGAGCAAAGCUUUUGAUUAUUACUGAGUUCGUUUCUCAUAUAGUCUUGAGUUGCUAAAUAAAGGCCAGGAGGAUACUCAGAAUGAGUGGAGGGACUCAGAGUAAGGUGAAAGAAAACCAAUGUCAAUGAAUUGGCAACUUAAAGUAAAUAGUGUAGUGCAUGAGUUAUACCAGAUGUAAGAAGGAAAGGCCAGAUGAAUUCAGAGAAGGGGGAGGUGGGGAUUGUAAAAGGGUUACAGAGGUGAUGGCUGAACUGGUUGUUAAGUGCCCCGUCCUGCUUCAUAUAAGCAGAUGGGUCCCCGAACUCUCCCUGUACCAAGUCCCCAUGUGAGAAGACCUAGGCGUGAACAGGGAAGCUCUUGGGAGUCUAAAACACUGAGCCUUUGAGAGAGUUCAUAUUGAAGUUGUUGUUAGGGGUUAGGGUGAAAUAGGAUCUGUACUGCAGGUUGCCUUAGGAAAAAGACUUUAAUGAGUGCUGUGAAAAUCCAAAUAAAUACCAGGUAAGGAGGAAGUUUUAUUUCAUUCCCUGGCAAGAGAGAUAUUAUUUAAGUGGGUGGAGUGGAGCCCUGAGGGAGCAUGCUUCCUAUCCAAGAGGAGAGGAGAAGCUCCUGUCAGAAGUGGCUCAGAGAGGCCCUCACACAGCCAGGGCCCAUGGCCUCACCUGCAGUGUUUCCUCUGCCUAGGAACCCAGGGAUCUUUCUGCCCCACACACCCUGGGGCCAGUCUCCUCACACUACCCCUUCCACUUUCAUGGCAGACUAAGGAAGACAUUCUAGCCAGGAAGUACCACAUCUGAAAACCUGAGGCAGGUAAAACCUGAGACAGGUAAAGCCAUUUGGUGAGCUCAGAGGGUCAGGGCUGUGUGUGCCUGGUUAAGGACAACUUUCCUGCUGGUAUACAGAGAACAUGGUUUCAGAGUCCUUAGGAAACAUUAGAAGAAAAUUAUCUUCAACGGGAGUUAAUGGAGCCAAUUUGCCUUAUUUAAAACCAAAUAGUCAAAUAUUACACAACUUGUGUCCAAUCACAUUUUGUUUCUUCUCUCUGCCUGUUUUUGGUCCGUUCACCUUCUCAAGUGCCUUUGAAGGUCUUAGGCAACAGUAUCCCUUAGAUUUUGGAGAAAUCACAGAGUGCCCGAGGCUUAGAAACUGACUUCAAGGCUUCUGGUCACUGGGACAAUGUUUGUUUCUCAAGAUAUCCAGUGUUAUUUAGCAACAUCUGCUAAGCACACCCCUACUUUCCCAUCCUAUUUUUAAAGCUCAGAGUUUCAGGGUAUGUUUUUCUUGUGAGAUAAUAUGAAGAUUAAUUAGUAAUAUUUCUUUGAAGUUAAUGUUGGUAAUUAAAUAACAACUGUAUUUCCCACAUUCCUCUAUGUAUUCAAUAUAAACAACAUGACAUCUUUUUCACACAGUUU